AGAAAGUAAAACACACGGACCAAUUGUCGGCUCCAUUAGAAAGCUGCUCACCCCCACCAACAUUCUUUAUUAGUACAACAAGAACCUUCAUCUUCAUCACUCCUCUUCAUUCCUUAACAAAUUCAUUGUUACAGAAUUAUGAACUACAAAAGCUUCAAUAAUCAACCAACAACAGAGAUUGCGAGCGGGAACGCUAGACCGCCCGGAAACUUCCAUCUAGCAAGACAAGGAUCAAUAUACUCAUUAACCUUUGAUGAGCUACAAACCACCAUGGGUACCAGCAUUGGUAAAGAUUUUGGGUCAAUGAAUAUGGAUGAGUUGUUAAAAAGCAUUUGGAAUGCAGAAGAAACUCAAACAAAUAUUAAUAAUAAUAAUAAUACCGCGGUUAACAACGGUGUUGUUGAAGGUGGUGGAAUGAUACAAAGACAAGGGUCUUUGACUUUACCAAGAACAUUAAGUCAAAAGACAGUUGAUGAGGUUUGGAAAGAUAUAUCGAAAGAGUUUAACGCGUUCGUGCAACCGAAUUUGCCUCAAAGGCAACAGACAUUAGGGGAAAUGACUCUUGAGGAGUUUUUGGUUAAGGCUGGAGUUGUAAGGGAAGAUAAUCAGUUGGUUGAUAAACCGAAUGAUAACGGGUUGUUGUGUAAUUUAAUGAAUUCGCAAAACACGCAAAACAAACCGGUUUUCGGGGCUGUUGGAUUCCAACAAGGUGUGAGUAGAAACAGUCAUAAUCUGCCAUUGAAUGUGAAUGGAGUUAGAACUGCACAAAGUCAACAGAAAAGUCAACAGUUGUUUCCAAAGCAAACUAAUGUUGCUUAUGGAGGUGGUAUGAAGGGUAGUCCUGUAAUUAGGAAUGGGAUCAUGGGUGUUUCUGAUGGGGUGUUACAGGGUGGUAACAUGGGGUUAGUGGGACCCAGGGUUACGGCGGUGGGGUCGCCUGCGGUUUCGUCAGACGGGAUGGGGAAGAAUAAUGGAGAUACGUCUUCGGUUUCGCCUUCGCCUUAUGAGUUUAGUGGGAUUGUGAGGGGGAGAAAAAGUGGAGCGGUUGAAAAAGUUGUUGAAAGGCGGCAAAGACGAAUGAUUAAGAACCGAGAAUCGGCUGCUCGGUCGCGGGCUCGUAAGCAGGCAUACACUAUGGAACUGGAAGCAGAAGUAGCAAAACUGAAAGAUGAAAAUCAAGAACUGAAAAGAAAGGCUGAGAUGAUGCAAAUGCAGCAGAAUCAGGUUAUGGAAAUGAUGAGCACGCAGCCUGGAGCGAAAAGACGGUAUCUGAGAAGGACACAAUCGGGUCAAUGGUGAAGGUGUGCACGCACACAUGUACCAAUGUUACUUGACGUUCCACAAGGUUAAAAUGGGAAUUUCACAUAUCGAUCUGUACAUAUUUUAGAAAUGGGGUUUAGGGUUUAGAGUUAAGGAUGUGGAGUGAUAUAUUGGUGUAAGAUGAAUUUAAAGUUAUUUAAACUCCAUUGUCACAUGAAGUAGAGGUAAAAAAGGUUAGGCAAAAUCGUUGCCAUGACUGUUCGUGUUCUGUUA